GUGUGUGUGAGACACGAGGCCUGCGGCGUGCGCGUGUCUGCGUUCAUCUGCACUGUGAACACACUUACUAAAGUACUGUGGUAGUACCAUGGUACAGUAUUAUCACCAGAAUCAUGUUCCAAGGGAUUUACAUGCUGCUCCCGGCUUCCUCGAACACACCACGAGCUGCAGUGAGAUGAUGGAGGGUUUGGGGCUUCAGGCCGUGGCUCUGAGCGACGGAUCCACCGCUUACAUACAGCAGACCAUCAGCGAUGCGAGUCUAAUGGAGGGAAACACGGUUCAACUGGAGGACGGGACCACGGCGUUCAUUCAGCACGUCAGCGUCCAGCAGAAAGGUGUGUGUGACGCCGCCGAGCAAUUUGAUGUGGCUCAGCUGACGGGGUCAGAGGUCGAGGUCGACGAAAACAUCGAGAACACAAACGGAGCGGAGCAGACCAGCAUACAGCUGAUGUUCGAGGGGAAGGUCUGGAGCUCCGGUAAAGUCCAGCAGGUCGGAGAGAAGAGUUUCCGCUGUGGACACACGGGCUGCGGCCGAUACUACACCACAGCACACCAUCUGAAGGUGCACGAGCGCUCGCACACGGGUGACCGUCCGUACCGAUGCGAGGUGCCCUCCUGCGCUAAAGCUUUCGCCACCGGUUAUGGUCUCAAGAGCCACUUGCGCACACACACGGGCGAGAAACCCUACAAAUGCCCCGAGGACAUGUGCUACAAAGCCUUCAAAACCUCCGGAGACCUGCAGAAACACGUGCGCACGCACACCGGCGAGAAGCCGUUUAAGUGUCCGUUCGAGGGCUGCGGACGCUCCUUCACCACCUCCAACAUUCGUAAGGUUCAUACGCGAACGCACACGGGCGAGCGGCCAUAUUUGUGCCCGGAGCCGUCCUGCGGAAGAGCCUUCGCCAGCGCAACCAACUACAAGAACCACAUGAGGAUACACACCGGUGAGAAGCCGUAUCUGUGCACGGUUCCCGGCUGUGGGAAGAGUUUCACGGAGUACUCCAGUCUUUAUAAGCAUCACGUGGUCCACACGCACUGCAAGCCGUACACCUGCAGCCACUGCGGGAAGACCUACCGACAGACGUCCACGCUGGCCAUGCACAAGCGCACCGCGCACGGAGACUUCGACACCGUGGAGGACGCCGACGCAGAGGUUUUCGAGGCGUCGCCGCAGGACGCCGAGCAGAACGAUUGUGAUGCCAAAGUCACCAUGGAAACCGACGACAUCAUCAGCGCACACCUGCAGGUGCUCGGCACGGCCGUCACCAUGGUGACCCAGGACGGAACCAUCGGUGGGCAGCAGGUCACCAUGGUUACGGAUGGCAAAGAGCUGCAGCCGGUUGCCAUAGUAACGUCAAAUGGCAUCAUGACUGAAGUGAACGCGUCGCCGUACCAGCAGGUGGCGCUGCUAGCAACAGAAAACGGCACACAGAUCGCAGUACAGCUAGAAGAUCAGCAGACGUUAGAGGAGGCGAUCACCAUGGCAACAGCGGCGAUUCAGCACAGCGGACUGACCUCAGAUCAGUGAGCGCUCAAAAAAUCACGUUCAGACGCCUCGGAGCGAGAACGAACACUUUUUUAACGUUUACGUUAGCGUGUAUGAGAAAGCGUUUCUGCAGUCUUAAAGGGUCUUUUUUACCGGCUUCGAGCCAGUAGGUUGUGAAACAAGGUGAAAAUAAAAAUGUAUAUUUGUCAAUAAAUCAGCUUUAUCCAGUAACUCUUUGUGAGAUGUGUUUUUUGACUUCUUAAAC